AUGUGGCAAGGAGGGGCACAUGGCGAGGGACUGCCCCAAGGGAUUUUCGGUUUGCUUUCAUUGCAACCAGACUGCCAGCGGAAGGCCAAGUGUCCUCAACUCACUCAGGGAUCAUCCCAGGCUUCUGCUCCUGCUGCUUUACGUGUUACUGAUGGUCGGCCGGGGAAGGCCGAGGCUCCGAAAACUCGUAGGAGAGCAUUCCAGCUGACUAUGGAGGAGUUUCGCACAACACCUGAUGUUGUUGCUGGUACUUUUAUUGUGAUUUUUGUGCCUACUUUUCUGUUAUUUGACUCGGGUGCCAGUCGAUCUUUCGUGUCUUUAUCCUUUAGUCGUCACAUUAGUGUUAGACAUGAGGCAUUGAGUCGACCACUGAGGGUUUCUAUAAUCGAUGAGCAUGCAGUUUUUGCCACUGAUUGGGUAUGGAUUGGUUGA